CGGAGUGCGACUGAACUGCCUCAGAGAUCUGCUGAGGAUUUGGAGAUCUUCAUUUCUGAUCUGCCGCUGAGCUUCUGACAGCUCUUUUUUUUCUUUAUUCCUCUCCAUUUUUGAGCUCCACUUCUUUUUAAUCUUUUUUUUCUAUUAGUAUCGGCUAAUGAAAAUGCGGUUCACUCUUUUCUUACCUACUUUUGCCUUCCAGCCUUGGCUUUUUUCCUCGUUCUUCAUCAGCUCAUCUUUGUAGCAUCUUUUCUUUCAUAUAUGUUGCCUAUUUUUCAGAUAUAGCAUUUUCUUCUUUAUUAAAAUUUAUUUUCAUAUUACAUAGUUUUUUUUUUCUUAACUUUCUACCUGUUUCUUUUGUGGCUGGUAAGCUGAGGCUGAAGUAGCAGAUUGAAGUGGACUGUGAAAGCUGACCACAGGUGAAGUGAGACAAUUCCAGUUCCAAUUACUUUGGUAAUUCUUCUUGGACUAUUUAAAACCACAGCAAAUUGAAACUCUUCCUCCAGAAUGAUGUAGAACAUCUUCAGCGGCUUCUACGAUGAACACCACGCUGCACUACGGACUUAUCCAAAUCUACAAUGCUAGGAAUCGCAGUGUUGCUAGCAUGCCUGUCCACAGAGACAGUCCGGUCGGGAAAGACUCGCCUUCAUCCUCGCAAGGAUGCUACAAACAGCUUCUAAUCUCCACUGAGGUGUUCCUCACGCUGGGCAUCGUCAGCCUGCUGGAGAACAUCCUGGUGAUAGCGGCUAUCGCCAAGAACAAGAACCUGCACUCGCCCAUGUAUUUCUUUAUCUGCAGCUUAGCUGUAGCGGACAUGCUGGUUAGCGUGUCCAACGCUUCAGAAACAAUCGUAAUUGCCUUGAUCAGUGGCGGUAACGUCUCAAUUCCAGCUGGAGUGAUCCGCAGCAUGGACAACAUCUUCGAUUCUAUGAUCUGCAGUUCAUUGUUAGCGUCCAUCUGCAGCUUGCUAGCUAUCGCUGUUGACCGCUACAUUACCAUCUUCUACGCUCUGCGAUACCAUCACAUUGUAACAGCCCGCCGCACACUAGCAGUCAUUAGCUCUAUCUGGGCUUGCUGCACCAUCUCAGGUGUCCUUUUCAUCAUUUACUCAGAAAGCACCACUGUACUGGUGUGCCUCAUUAGCAUGUUCUUCACCAUGCUAGCCCUCAUGGCUUCGCUAUAUGUCCACAUGUUCCUGCUGGCACGCCUCCACAUCAAGCGCAUAGCGGCCCUGCCAGGCCACGCGCCCAUUCGCCAGAGGGCCAACAUGAAGGGGGCGGUGACCCUGACCAUCCUCCUGGGCGUGUUCGUGGUGUGUUGGGCACCAUUCUUUCUGCACCUCAUCCUUAUGAUCACCUGCCCCAGGAACCCCUACUGUGCCUGCUUCAUGUCGCACUUCAACAUGUACCUCAUCCUCAUCAUGUGCAACUCCAUCAUCGACCCUCUGAUCUACGCCUUCAGGAGCCACGAAAUGAGGAAAACCUUCAAGGAGAUCUUCUGCUGCUGGUACAGCCUGCCCAACAUUUGUGUAUCUGAGCCACCAGAAUCGUGCUAACUUUCUGGAGGAAUAUCACCCUGGGAAUGUAUUUCGAGGAUCUGGUGCCAGAUCGUUUUCUGCGCUGAUAUAUGUGGUGCUUAGCCAACAGCCUGAAUACAUUUUUGCCUCAAAAAUUCAAAGUGCAGGGAGUUAAAUAUCACAAAAGAUCAUCAUGUAAAGAUAAUUCAAUGUUUCUGGUGGUUUUGUAUGGUGUUUUGACUGCCUGUGUUAAUAUGACAAUUGAUACCACAAUGUAAAGGCUCCUAAUGAGUAAUAAGUGACCUGUGACUGACCUUAAAGUAAAGACAGUGUUUCUAAAUAGAACUACGAACACCAUAUGCAUGUUAAAUGGUUCUUUGCACGCUGAAACGGUUCUUCAGAUUGAUGGAAAAUAGGCUAUGGUUCCAUAUAGCACCUUUUUGAAAGUGGCUUAAGUAGCACCAAAGAGGGUUCUGUUCGGUGCUAAAUACAUAUAAAUGCCACAUUAAAUAUAAUGCCACAUUUUCUAUCAAUUAGGAGAAUGAUUCCACCAUGCAAAGGACCAUUUAAGCAGGCAAAUGGUUCUUUGCAUGUUCAUGGUUCUAGACAGGUUCUAUCUAUGAUCUGCUUUUGGGAGUUAGGGGCCUAAACAAAGCUGUACAGUGGCUAAAAUGCUAAAAAGCAGGGAAAUAAAUCAUGCUGGGAAGGAAUAUGUAACUUUCCACUGACAUCACUGAUUUUUUGUUUAUGAAUAUUUGAAGAUGCUGUGCUGUUUGUGUGUGUGUGCAAAUGUAUGCAUUCCAGCUGUGUAAACAUCUGCAGUGUCCUGAGGGGAUUACAUGCCUAGCAAAGUAGCAAAGUAAAUAUCGCCUUCUGCAUCGUUGCACAUCUGAUACCUUGAGCUGUCUGAGCACGUAUGAAAAGCUGAAAAACAAAAAGAAAAGCAGGCAUAGAGAAGUCAUUGGUAAUUUCCAUGAUGGGCAUGAGUUUCUUCUUUAUAUUGCACUGUUUUGUUCUCUUUGUUCAUUUCUACAGUGUCUGUAGUGUCUAUUUUUCUUUGCCGUGUUCUUUAUAUGCAUCGGUUAAGUGCUUUAGCGGUGUACUGUGUACAUGAACUACCAAUUGUGUUCUUUUUUGAAUGCCUCUGAAUACAGUGUGAACUUUGAAAACACACAAAAACAAUGUAUACUGCUGUUUUCAUUGUGUCUUGGCCUUCCAAUGCUGCUCUGCUAAAGCAAAUCUAUUUUAUUUAAUUGUGGCACAAGCUAUUUUAAUAAAACCAAAUGUUGGGCAAAA